AUGAAGAGAAUGAGAGAAGAUGAAGUAGGGUUAGGGAUGAAGGGUUUGGACAUGGAAAAGUUCCUCAUGCUACUCUCAUGUGGCAUGGAGACCAAGUUCAGAAAGUGUUCAUCUCCAAACGAUGUGUUUGAGUGCAAAACUUGCAACCGAAAAUUCCCAUCGUUCCAAGCUCUUGGUGGCCACAGAGCAAGCCACAGGAGGCCGAGAACAUCAAUGGAUCAUGAUCAACAAAGUGAGACAAGAAAGGGAAGCAAUUUGAUGUCAACGAAGAACAAGCCGAAAGCCCACGAAUGCUCCAUUUGUGGCCUGGAGUUUGGCAUGGGACAGGCUUUGGGUGGCCAUAUGAGGAGGCACAGAGCUUCCAACAUGAACCUGGGAUUUUCUUCUAAAGUUCCUGAUGAGGUUGUUGUCGCUUCGAAGAUUCCGGUGCUGAAAAGGUCGAGUAGCAAGAGGAUUAUGUGCUUAGAGAUGGACUUGAACUUGACGCCAUUGGAGAAUGACUUGAAGUUAUUGUUCGGGGAGAUGGCUCCAAAAGUUGAUGCUUUUGUUUCAUAA